GCAGACAGUGAGGUGGUGUCUAGUCUUCCUCUCCAGAUGUCCCUGUUCUUCAAUCUGUGGUUUUUCCCCCUCUGGUGGGUGUGUGAGGUUGUCAUGCUACAGCUCAAGUAUCCAGUGCUCACUGAUUACUACAAGUUCAUUCUCAUCACCAUCCUCAUUUUAAUGACUGUGAUAGAAGCCAUCAGACUUUACCUGGGCUACACUGGGAACCUGCAGGAAAAGGUCCCUGAACUGGCCGGGUUCUGGCUGCUCAGCCUGUUGCUGCAGCUCCCUUUGAUCCUGUUCCAGCUGUUCAACGAAGCCAUCCUGAUCCAGCCGCUGGAGCGGGGCGUCCACAUCGUGCUGGCCCUCUUCCUGCUGACCCAGGCUCUCACUGGGUUGACUGCUCUCCGCUCGAUGGUCCGACACACUGAGAACCGCUUUCACCUGAGACAGUUCAGCGGCCUGCAGGAACUCGGGACCUGACAUCCUGGAGCGAAAGAGCACCUCCAGUUUUGAGUGACUGGCAAUCUGAUGAGGACCGAUGUUCUGUCUGGCAUCAUGAUUCACCUGCCGGUUGACUGGCAGACACACAGGCCUGUGACAUAUGGGCAGACAUUCAGAAUGACUGACAGCGGUACUUCAACAGAUGGAAUAACA